CCGACUGAGGUUCACAGAAAUUUGACAGCUUCACAGGUGAUACAAGCGUCCGGAGGCUGUUUCACUUUCCCAUUUCAGUUGUUUCCCGGGACACUGUUCUCUGUGAGCCUGGGGUUGCCACAGUCAAAAAACAACCACUCGAAGUCUUACCAUUCCGGCAGCAUGAGCAAAAAGAAAAAGGACUGGAAGACUGAAAAAGAGAGACUGCUUCGUCUAGAUUGUGAGGAGAGACGCAAGGAGUAUCGUCGUCAAGACUUUAUUUCUCUGGACAAGAUUCCAUCCUGGAGAGAGGAAAACAGAGCCAAUGACAAAGAUGAAGGACAAGAGCUGAAAGGUGGAGGAGGACUGAGUGAUAAAGUGUCUCUCUACAAAGGAGAUAUCACCGUGUUGGAGGUGGAUGCCAUCGUCAAUGCUGCAAACUCCAGUCUUCUGGGAGGAGGAGGAGUUGACGGCUGCAUACACAAAGCGGCGGGGUCCUGUCUGUACGAGGAGUGCCACUCACUAAAUGGCUGCGACACUGGCAAAGCCAAGAUCACCUGUGGAUAUGAUCUCCCAGCAAAAUAUGUGAUCCACACUGUGGGCCCAGUGGCCAGAGGUCAUGUGGGCCCUGCCGAGACCAAUGACCUCACCUCUUGCUAUCAGAACUCCCUCAGGCUGGUGAAGGAACAUUGCCUGAGCACCGUGGCCUUCCCAUGUAUAUCCACAGGCAUCUAUGGCUUCCCGAAUGACCCGGCAGCUGACAUCGCUCUGAAAACAGUAAAAAGUUGGAUUGAAGAUAAUUCUGAUAUGAUCACGCGGGUUAUUUUCUGUGUCUUUCUCGAGACUGACUUUAACCUCUACAAGAAGAAAAUGUCUGCCAUUUUUCAAGACAAUGACAUGGAGGUUUCAGAGGAACAGCUGAAGGAAGAUAACACAGCGCCAUCCACAAACUCCACAACCAAGGAAGAAAGUGAAGAUGGCAACAUGGGUAAAGAGGAAACAGGUGAUGAAGAAGAGGGUGCCAAUGACGCUGAGGCAAACGAAGAUGUGGAGAUGGCGAGCCAAAAUCCAGAGGAAGAUCUUGGUGAUGAAGAGCCAAAUCAAGAAGAGACUACAGUAAAAAAUGAAAAUCAAGAGAAAAAGGAAGAUGUGGUCAUUAAUAAUGACACAGCUGAAGACAAAGACACCAACAAAGAGAAAAACAAAGGAGACGAAGCAGAGGAAGGUCAACCUGCUGCAAAGACUGAAGACGCCACUGCAGCCACUGUGGAGAUGGAAGAUGUCUCUGAGGUCAAUGACACUGGCACCAGCAACGGAGAGGAGAUGAAAGAUCAUGUGGAGAGUUCCGAAGAACCUGAUUCAAUUCCUACUGACAGCAAUCACUCCAAAGACACUGAUGAGAAGAAGGAAUGACCAGCUGAGGGAAAAGACAAUCAACCUCAUCUGACAGCCAGCAAACUGUGCGAAGGCCAACCACAAUGGUGUCACCCUGGUCCAUGUUGGUAGGGACUCUGACUCUGGUCCAGGGCAACCAUUUUCUCACAUGAUGCUCACAUCCCCAACUUGAUUUAGCCUCCCCCCCCCCUUCAUAAUAGGGAAAGUUCAGGUUUUCUGAAGUGCGGUUGUGUGAGGUAUUGACACACUGUCAGCACUGACUUCACUGAACUUGCUGCUGUCUCUCAGAACCAGCCAUGGACACAAAGAAAAACACAUGUUAGCCACUUAACGAGAACUGCACCUGCUUUAGUGUAUGAUAUAUUAAUAAUACGGAUCAUGCUUUUUUCAGACUGUUUAGAAAGUCUUUACCAACUGAAACCUGAAGUUUGUACACUAGGAACUCUAUUGCACCUAAGUCCAUAGAAGAAUUCUGAGUUUCUAGCUCUUGGAGACAAGGGAGUUGCUGGCCUACUGCUACUGUGUUCAGUAAGUUUGGGUCACUGAGGUGAAUGUGAAAAAAGUCAGAAAUGAAUGAACUGAUGAAGGCAGAGGUGAGUUAGUUUUCUCUAUUGACUUUGGUGCUGGGAGUGAGUUUCAAAAACUCCAGUUUCCAGCUGGAAAAGCUGGCAAGAAAAAGUGGCAAACCAUUUGUUAUACAAGUUAUUGUAGACUGAAACAGGCAGAGAAUUUUGUUAAGCAGCAGAAAUCUGUUUUUCCUUCCAUGUUUUAUGUCAGAUCAAACGUCUGUGUCCCAUCCCCUUUGAGAUGGGGGGGAGGGGAGCUGCUCGGCGAAGUCGGCGCUGUCAGUGUGUCAAUACCUCUCACAAGCACAAUUCAGAAAACCUGAACAAUCCCUUUAAGAAAACACUCAUCCCUGAAGUAUGUGUGUUACGUAUGUAUAUGUAUGUAUGUAUAAAACCUUGCUAUACGACUUGAACAUAUCAACCAGAAAAGAAGAGCCAUACCUCACUGUGUGUUAGAGUCAUACAUCAUUUUUCCAGCUGGGUGUGAUGAGAUAAACCAGGUUAAAGUCUUUGUUUUAAUCUAAUCCCACUGUUAGGGCAUGGUGACGCUGUCAGAGGACAGCAGACACAGCUCCCACAUGUUGACACUUCAGGCUGGAUGAUGCAUAACAUCAUCCAGCCUUUUGAUACUCGACUAUCGUCUCCACAGUCGUCAUGACAUCUCAUAAUCGUGGAACGCCUGACAACACCCUGCAUUUGUGAACCUCCUUUGACUGCAACACACACACACACACAUGCCAUGUCUUUCUCACGCACUACUGCAGAUUGAGCACCGCCGUUUAGUUAAAUCAACCGAUACCAUGAUUCAAUAAGGCUACGUGCCACUUCCAGGCCUUUCAUCUAUGAACAUCACUGAUAAUGUCUCCUCUCCACUGCUGUUCUAACUGCAGCUUAACUCGUUUUACCAGGAAACUGUUCAUCAGCACCCACGCGCACUAAAGAGGAUGUGAGUGUCUUUUAACAAAUCGAUUACUCCCCCCGCCCCUUUUCGUCUAAGCCAUUUUCAGUGCAUGCCAGAAAACUGCUUUGAACUUCCCCAACAUAAACAGGAUUUAUAGUCCUCUUCGCUUUUCGCUUGUCUCCUUACCAGAUUGUCUUUAACUGUAUCGAAUGGAAUCUGCCUUAUUUCAUAUACAACCACAAAUCAACAAUCACAGACAUAAAGAGAUGGUCCAAGUAUGAAUUCCUGGUUGUGUAUUGCUUGCUGAUGAUUUGUAAUUUUAAAUACUUCAUGUAAUGGCUAAAACCUGUUGUUAAUGGGUUUGUUUGUUUUUUCUUCAUUUGAUUUAAAAAAAAAACAACAAAAAAACAACAGCUUUUGGGGUUAUUUUUUAUGUUGGUAUGAUUCAUGAGUUAUUUUCAGUAGUACCAUAGAUCAGAUGAAUUAAGUUCAAUGAAACGAUGCCUUCAUACUUUGAUGUUUGCUUUGCUAAACUAUAACAGAAACAACUAAUAAAGUUUAAGGAGGAAACUAUG